AUGCGCCCGGUGCUUGGCCCAAGUGGGGAAUGCAGGUGCCGCCAAAGGCAACACAGCCGAAGCAGUCACCCCAUCCGCCGCCGGGCCGGCACUUCCAACGGCGGGGCCUCCGCCCGGCCUGGCGAGGGCGGAGCCCUCCAUGAACUUCAGGCAUGUGGCCCCGUGGACAGCGUUCUUGGCCCGUCCGCUCCUACUUGCUUUGUGACAAACUACACCAGCAGCUCCACCUCCACGUUGCCACAGUACUGCCGCCUUCCAUACGAACUUCGCGUGGGCCUCACGAUAUCUCUGACGGGCCCGCUGGCACAUGUCGACACCCCCAACUCCACAUCUUUGAGGAUUCGUGGAGUUACGUCCUCCACAACAUGUACAACCAAGAUCCGGCGGUGA